AUGGCUCCGCAAUCCGCGAUUCCGCCUUCCCUACCUCCCUCCGUCGAAGAGGCCUAUCGGCGAAAAUGCAUCCAGCUUAAGCAGCGCACCGGCGAGGUUGAGGAGGAAAACGACGCGACCCGAGUUCGCCUCGCCCGGAUCCGACGACAAAUUGAGAAGCUGCGGAUGGAGAGAGCCUUCCUGCUGGAACAGCUGGCUAAGAGAACGAGCGCCAACGUGGAGGAUUCAGACGGCAGCCCGAGCCCGCCCCCGACUCCGCAAGAAAAGCCUCUGCGUACGAAACGCGGUCACCGCAAGCCCUCCGUCCUGGCCGAGAUCGACUCGGCCGCAAAGGCCAACUCUAGGCCCCUCAGCCAGACCGCCGCCACCGUUUCGCCCAGCUCCGAGACCUUCUCCCACACCCAGGGCGGCGACGCGACCCAGGGCACCGAUACCCAGGCAACGGCCCGCACCAACGGCGUCGCGAAGCCGCCCAAGCGACCCGGCAACGCGUUCGAGAUGUACUGCGCCGACACGCGGCCCGCUCUUGAGGAGAAGAACAAGGACGACGCCGAUGCCAACAUUGAGGAGGAGCUCGCCCGUGGUUGGAAGGAUCUCCCCGAGGGCGAAAAGGAGGAGUUUCAGACCCGCUCCGAGGAGGAGAUGGCCAAGUACCAAAAGGAAAAGGACGCAUUUGCGGCCAAGAGCAAGAGCGCCGAGGCCAAGGACGAGGACGAGGAAGAGCGCGACAAGUCACCAGAGCCCGCACCAGCUGCGUCACAGGACGAAGAUGUGGAGAUGACCAACUACGAUACCGAAGAGCAGGCAGACGACACGCCCGCGGCCGACGACAAGGACGACAAGGCGGAUGAUUGA